AUGAAACAUGAUGCACAUAAAAAAGGUUGUUCUCGAAGGAAUCAAACUGCCCCCCCUGCAGCUACUGAAUUACCCACCAAACAUAAGAAUCUCUCUCUUGUUUAUGAUCAAACUUUUUGGCAAAGGAUGAGAAGAAUUCUGUUAACUAAACAUAUUAAUUGUGGACAGCACAGCACUAUAGCUAAUAAAGGAAGAAACAAAUCUAAGAAACAAAAUAAGAGAGUCAAGUGGAGAGUAGAUAUACAAUUUACAAUGUCUUGUCUUGAUUUGAUUGACGUUUUGUAG